GAAAAGCUGAUGAGCGGUGGCGGCGCUGGACCGUGGUGCUAUGGGGUGGUUUUUACCUGCUCAAUGUGGUUGCGUCAGCUCCGCAUCACCUGGGGGAGGACUUUGUGGUGGCCUUCAUGCAGAACGGUUUGCAGCAAACCCUCAACAGCAACUUCAAGCUGCUCAUCACGGGUUAUUCGCCCUUCACUUCUGUAACCAUCUCCAUGAAGAAGCCAGGCUUGAGGAUGACAGUGCAGGCGAGCGCCGGCCAAACCAUCCUGGUGAAGGUCCCGCCCCAAGCAGAGAUGGUGGGAAGUAAAAUCUUUGACAACACUGUGGUGGUGAGGGCCAACAACGCCAUCUCCGUGGUGAUGGUCAAUGAGAAACCCACCUCGGUUGACUCAACCGUGGUAUACCCAGUGCACAGCUGGGGCACGGAGUACCACGUCGUGACACCCAACGUGGGCACUGAUCGCUAUGGUGAGUUCGUGGUGGCUGCCUGGGAUGAGCCCACUGUGGUGGACGUGCACCUCAAAGCCGCGGUGACCUACCAAGGCCGGUCUUACCCCCGGGGCUCAGUGCUCUCCAUCAGCCUGGAGCCCUUCCAAGCAGCCCAGCUCCAAAGCCCGUCCGAUAUGUCUGGCACAAGGAUCGUGGCACAGAAACCCGUGGCUGUCUUCACCGGCCACACUUGCUUGGCCAGGUUUGCCCACUGUGACCAUUUGGUGGAGCAGCUCCAACCCGUUUCCAGCUGGGGCACCACCUUCAUUGUGCCGCCGUUGCCUUUCGAGACCCAGUCUGAUAUCAUCUACGUCUCCACCUCCCAGCAGACACGUGUGGAGUCUCAACACGGGGUGACCAAGACCACUCGGGAGCUCCGGCCCAACCGGUCAACCCUCUACGGACUCCAAGCCUUAAACACCUUGUACCUCUCCACCAACGCGGGCAUCCAGGUCAUUUUUUUUGCCGACGGAGGUAAUAAAGGCGCCGUCUCUUAUGACCCAUUUUUUAUGACCAUCCCAGACGUCUCCAGCUACUGCAACUCCUAUAACCUCUUCGCCCUGGAGGGUUACGAUAAUUACGCCCUGCUGAUUGUCAAGACCUCGGAGACAACUGGAAUGACGCUCAACAAAACACCGUUGAGAAAUGUGGCCUGGAAACCCAUCCCGGGCACCGAAUACUCCUGGGCUGGGCAGAGUUUGGGCAGUCAAUUCGCCGUCCAUACGCUGGAGCACAAGACGUCCCCCUUCGGGUUGCUCAAUGUAGGGAUCCGGGAGCAAAAAGCCUAUGGGGCGGCAGCCGUUUGCGACAGCGAUCCCUGCCGGCUCGUGCAGUGCCGGGCGAAGGAGACGUGCAAGCUGGAGAAGGGGGAGGCCAUGUGCGUGCACGACUACAUGGGAACCUGCAUGGGGUCGCAGGCCUUGCAGUACCACACCUUCGACGGGAUGAGCGUGGACAUCCGGGGCGGCUGCGCCUACACCGUGGCCAAAUACUGCGGCAACGAUCCCACCUUGGUGCCUUUUGCCGUGGAGGAGAAGAAGAGCCAAGGCGAUUUGACGGAGUGGUUGACCAACGUCUACGUGUACGCCUACAACAUUUCCAUCAACAAAGGAGAGGGAGGCAAAAUCCUGGUCAACAACAAACUCACCAGCCUACCAGCCACCCUGGAUGAGGGGAAGAUCCAGAUCUCCCAAAACGAGGGCCGGAUUAUCCUGCAAACAGAUUUUGGGCUGCAGGUGACCUACGAUGAAGACUGGGCCCUAAUGGUGGCGGUGCCCAGCAGCUAUUUUGGGGCCACCUGCGGACUCUGCGGCAACUUCAACGAAGACACAGAGGAUGAGGUGACGUUUUCCAAUGGCACUCAGGCUUCCAGUGUGGAGGAGUGGGCCGAGAGCUGGCGCGAUCCCUCCUGCCAGGAUGAUUGUGAAGAUCAGGACACACCAGGCUGUGCUCAGAAAUGCCCCCAAAACAGCCACUUCAAGGCCUGCGGGACGGCGUGCCCUGCCACCUGCGCCAACCCCGACGCCCCUGCGUCCUGCAGCCAGCCAUGCGCCGCCAGCUGCCAGUGCAACGAGGGCUUCGUCCUCCACCAUGCCACCUGUGUCCCGGUGGAGACUUGCGGUUGUUCCCACAAUGGUCGCUCCUACAAAGCCCAGGAGGAGUUUUGGGAGGACGAGAGCUGCCAGAGCCGGUGCCGAUGCGAGGCGGGGGGCAAGGUGGCUUGCAAGAAGGCUGGGUGCAAAGCCCAUGAGAAAUGCGUCGUGGUCAACGGCGUCCCCAGCUGCCAGGCGAACAAGUACUUCACCUGCAUUGGGACAGGCGAUCCUCACUACACCACCUUCGACGGCUUGAGAUACGACUUCCAAGGGACGUGCAUCUACCAGUUCGCAGCCCUCUGCACCCAGGACCCCAAACUGGUCCCUUUCACCGUCAAGGUGGAGAACAACAACCGGGGCAGCAAAGCCGUGUCCUUCACCAAAACUGUCACGCUGGAGGUCUACGGCAACGUCAUCAGCAUGAGCCAGGAGCAUCCGCGCAAGGUCAAGGUCAACGGCGCCUUCGUGGAGCUCCCGUUCACCCAGAAGGGCCAGUUCGAGCUCUACCACAGCGGCGUCCACGGCUUCGCCCGCACCUCCUUUGGCUUGCGGGUGAGCUUCGACUGGUACAGCUACGCCCGCGUCAUCCUCCCUGAGGCCUACGCCGGCGCCGUCUGUGGCCUGUGUGGCAAUGCCAACGGCAACGCCGAUGAUGACUUCAUCACUCGUGACAGCAAACGGGCGGCGGAUGAAAUCCAACUGGCCGAUAGCUGGAAGGUGGGAGACGUCCCCGGCUGCUCGGCCGGUUGUGUGGGGGAUUGCCCCGUGUGCAACGAGGAGCAGAAAGAGCUCUACCGCGGCGACGGCUACUGCGGGGUGAUCGCCAGAGCUGGGGGCCCCUUCCGGGCUUGCCACCGCGCCGUCAACCCCACGCCCUUCCUUGAGGAUUGCGCCUUCGAUGCCUGCCACUACAAAGGCCACCGGGAUACCUUGUGCAAAGCCAUCGCCGCCUACGUGACGGAGUGCCAGAGCCACGGCGUCAGCGUGGAGCAGUGGAGAACGCCGUCCUUCUGCGGCCCCUCCUGCCCUCGUCAUUCACACUACGAGCUCUGUGGGAGCAGCUGCCCGGCCACGUGUCGGGGCCCAGCCACCCCCGAGGGUUGCGCGUCGGUGCUGUGCACCGAAGGCUGCUUCUGUGAUGAGGGUUUCGUCCUCAGCGGUGAUUUCUUUGCCUCGUGCCGGGAGAGGUGCCGCUGCAAAGCCAGCGGGGUGGUGGAGUGCAAGGAGGUCUUCUGCAGCGCCCACGAGGAGUGUCGGGUAGAGGAGGGGGUGCUGGGGUGCUACCCCACGGGCUACGGGCGGCUGGUGGUGUCAGGCGACCCGCACUACGUGACAUUCGACGGGAGAGCCUUCGACCUCCUGGGUUCCUGCACCUACGUCCUGGCGCGGGUGUGCAAGCCGGAGCCGCGGCUGGCGAACUUCUCAGUGCUGCUGGAGCACGACGUGGGCGGUCGGGGGAACGUGGCCCUGAUGAAGAAGGUGGUCAUCUCCAUCCACGGGUACACCAUCAGCAUGGAGAAGGGACGGAAGUGGGAGGGGACGGUGGACGGGGACCGCUACCCCCUGCCGCUGGUGAUGGAUGACAGGAAGCUACGGAUCGGCCAAGAAGGGAACAACAUUGUCCUCCAGACGGCCGCUGGCUUCCGGCUCCUCUACAACGUGGCCUCCUACCUCCUCAUCACCAUCCCCGACGCCUACCAGGGCCGCACCUGCGGACUGGGUGGCAACUACAACGGGGACCCUGGUGAUGACUUCCAGCUGCCCAGCGGGUCCCUGGCACAGAGCACCGAGGAAUUCAUCUCCUCCUGGAAGAUGCCGAUGGAGGAUGGUGCCUGUGCCGAUGGCUGCAACGGCACGGCCUGCUCCACGUGCGAUGCCACCCACGCCGCUCCCUACGGCGCUAGUGACUCCUCCCUCUCCUGCCCACCCCACAGCCACUACAAGCUCUGCACCCGUACCUGUGACUUCACCUGCGCCAGCCUCUCUGUGCCGGCCCCGUGCAGCUGGACAUGCUUCGAGGGCUGCCAGUGUGACGAUGGGUACCUCUUUGAUGGAGAAGCUUGCGUAUCCCUCGAGCGGUGUGGCUGCACGCACCAGGGGCGCUAUUUCAAGGCGGGCGAGACCAUUAUCUCCCACAACUGCUCCACAAAAUGCAACUGCCACCCGUCCCAGGGACUUGUCUGCGAGGACCUGCAGUGUCCCCUGGACGAGGUCUGCGCCACGCGGGACGGGGUGCAGCAGUGCGUCAAGCGUGAAGGCCAGUGCCGCCUCUCCCCAGGGGCCUCUUUGACCACGUUCGACGGUGCCAGGGGAAGGCUCCUCGCCAGCGGCACCUACAAAGUGGCUGCCCUUUGCAACGAGCAGUCGCCCAACUGGUUCAAGGUGGUGGUGGAGGUCAGCGAGUGCCGGGACGACAGCAUCCCGGCUGCCGUGGCCGUCUUCGUCUUCUUCCGCGAAGCGUUUAUCACUGUGAACAACAACAUGGAGGUGUGGGUGAAUGGGCUUUUCACCCACUUGCCGGCUGCAGUGUCCAAAGCCAUUUCCUUGAGCACGGUGGCGAGGAACAUCACCAUUUCCCAUACGUCGGGGAUGGAAGUGCUCUUCAGCCCCAGUGGGGAGGUGACGGUGACCGUUGGGGCUGCCUUGGUCAACCAACUCUGCGCUCCCUGUGGCAACUUCAAUGGUGACCCCAGCGAUGACCUGAAGCUGCCUGACGGCCGGACUGUGAGGAGCAUCGGUGAGGUGGUUGAUGCCUGGAAAGCCCGGGAUUUCGCGGGAUGCGACUGACACACAAACCCAAGGAAAUUAUCCCG